AUGUCUAAGCAAAUACCUAGCCCUAAGGGUUAUCCUUUCAUCGGCAACGUUCUCGAUGUGAACCCAGACCAUCCUCAAGAAAGUCUUACGCAGAUUGCUGAGUCAUACGGGCCGAUCUUUAGACUAUACCUUCCAGCUGAAAGGAUCUUCGUUGCCAACUACGCCCUCGCCAAAGACCUGUUUGACGAGGCAAGAUUCGAGAAAGCUGUCACAGGCCCUCUCGAACAAGUCCGCAAUGCCACUAAGGAUGGCCUGUUCACGGCGUACCCUGGAGAACACAAUUGGGAGAUUGCGCAUCGAACCCUCAUGCCAGCCUUUGGGCCUCUUUCUAUCCAGAGCAUGUUUGGUGAGAUGCAAGACAUCAUAUCUCAGAUGGUCUUGAGAUGGGCUAGAUUUGGGCCACGUACACCGGUCGAUGUCUCAAACGAUUUCACAAAGCUGACUCUCGAUUCGAUUGCGCUAUGUGCCAUGGGAGAACGGUUCAACUCGUUCUACCAUGAUGAUACCCAUCCCUUCGUAGGCGCUAUGAACAGUAUGCUUGCCGAAUCCUUUGCUCGUUCGCGACGCCCGGCCUUUGCUUCUGCAGUCAUGACGGCCAGUAACGAGAGAUAUCAAUCCAAUAUUGCGGAGCUGGAGGGCAUCUCUAGGGAGCUUCUUGAAACACGUCGACAGAAUCCCGUGGAUAAGAAGGACCUCCUUAAUGCAAUGAUCAACGGUAGAGAUCCCAAGACGGGCGAGGGACUGGAUGACGACGCAAUCAUCCGAAACAUGAUAACAUUCCUCAUCGCAGGCCACGAGACUACAUCAGGUCUUUUAUCCUUUCUCUUCUACCAAUUGCUCGAAAACCCUUCAGCUCUCAGACAGGUCGUAGAAGAGGUCGACAGGGUUCUUGGCUCGCAACCUAUGACGGUUGCACAUCUAGCCAAGUUGCCUUAUAUUGACGCAUGCCUCAAGGAAACGCUACGACUUUAUCCCACGGCACCCGCGUUCACUCUCCGGGCAAAAGGGGACCAGGUCUUGAAUAGCGAGUACACUAUUAAGGACAAGGACUGCGUCAGCAUUUUGCUGGCAAGACUGCAUCGCGAUCCCGAUGUCUAUGGCCCUGAUGCAGAAGAGUUCAAUCCGUCUCGUAUGUUGCCAGACAAGUUCAACAAACUACCCCCAAAUGCCUGGAAGCCGUUUGGUCAUGGCGUUCGAGCCUGUAUUGGUAGACCCUUUGCUAUACAGGAGGCCAUCAUGGCGACCGCUACCAUCCUUCAGACGUUCCACAUAACCAAGGACAAUCCUUCAUAUCAGCUCCAAAUUCGGACAGCCUUAACCAUCAAGCCCCAGGGCUUCAAUAUCAGAACUAGGCUCAGAAACUCAUCAUUCCUCCAAGGUGUUGAACUCAGCCAUGGCAGUAGCUCUGGCACUGCGGCCUCUUCCAAGACACCAUCCAGAUCCCAUGCUGUCAGAGAAGGAAAUUCGGAACCCAUUUCUAUCCUGUACGGAUCCAACACAGGUACCUGCGAAGCUCUUGCACAGUCUCUCGCCAGUUUCGCCGAAGAAAAUGGCUACGUCCCCAAAGUUGACUCACUGGACAAUGCAAUCUCUUCCCUGAAGCCUGAUGUGCCGGUAGUUGUUAUCACCGGAAGCUACGAAGGACAGCCGCCGGACAAUGCAUCUCAUUUUGUGGAAUGGCUGGCGUCGCUUUCGUCGGGCGGUCUCAUCAAGGUUCCUUACGCUGUCUUUGGCGUCGGCAAUGAGGAGUGGCAUGCCACAUACCAGAGAAUCCAAAGUCUCAUUGUUGAACAGCUUGAAAAGGCGGGUGCCACGCGCCUCGUCACCAGAGCAGCUGUUGAUGUAGCCAAGAAUAAUUGCCUCGAUGCUAUCGAAGAGUGGCAGGAAAGGGAAUUCUGGCCAGCUCUGCAGAAACAGUCCGGCAAGUCAAGCAACACGGCAUCGGGCGGAGCUCGUGAGCUGAAGCUAGACAUUAGUAUUGGGCUGAGACCAAGUAUCCUUCGACAGGAUGUCAUGACGGCGCAGAUUUCCACGAUGCGGUUGUUGAGCAAACCUGGUGCGCCUAGGAAGCGUCACAUCGGUAUCAUCCUACCUUCUGGGACGACGUACCGGGCUGGUGAUUACUUGGCUGUCCUGCCGUUGAACCAUCCCGACGUUGUUCACCGAGUAAUGAGGAGGUUCAAUCUCCCUUGGGAUGCGACCGUUGUCAUCGAUGGUUCCAAAUCAACGAGCCUACCAACCGACCAGCCGUUGUCCGUACAAAAUCUACUCGCUGGAAUGGUAGAGCUCGGCCAACCAGUGACCGAGCGUCAGGCACAGCAGCUGGUUGAGACAAUUCCAGACAAGACCAAGUCGGAUGAGCUGAAGGAGCGUGUCAACCAGGGUAAUAUCCACAAGCUGAACACCACUUUACUGGACCUCCUAGAGGAUUACCCCUCUGCGACAUAUUCGUUCGGGCAGUACUUGGCGGCUCUACCAGCUCUCCAUCUGCGCCAAUAUAGCAUCUCUUCUUCACCCAUAGCCUCACCGUCACCGUCCGAGUGUUCCUUGACGUACAGCGUCAUAGACGCCCCUGCCAGAGGAAGCUCUCAGGGACAUCGAUAUCUGGGUGUUGCAAGUACUUAUGUCGAACGUCUCCAACCAGGGGAUCACCUUCAGGUGGGUGUCCGUCCGAGCCGCUCCGGGUUUCACCUUCCAAUAGACAACAAGACACCAAUCGUAAUGGCAUGCGCUGGCACAGGUCUCGCUCCCUUCUACGGCUUCGUAGCGGAGCGCGCCGUCAAGAAAAGACAGGGCCUGGAUGUUGGUACGGCUCUGCUGUUCUACGGUUGCAACGAUCCUGAUGAGGACGAUCUUUAUCGCCAGCAGUUCGAUGAAUGGGAGCACGAGGGCGUAGUCAAGCUGUAUCGCGCAUACACAUUCGCCUCGAAAAAGUCGGAGAAUUGCAAGUUCGUGCAAGACAGGAUGUGGUUUGACAGGAAGGAUAUUGUAGCGUCGUUCCGUCAAGGCGCUCAGAUCUACAUAUGUGGCGCUGGGAUCGUGGGAAGUAGCAUCCAAAAAGUAUUGGUCAAGAUAAAGGCUGAAGUGGCAGAUUGUGAUGAAGAAACGGCGGCCGAGUGGGUUGACAGUAUGAAAGGGGAAAGGUACUGGGCCGAUGUGUUUGCUUAA